GACAUUCAUCUCUACUGUGGAUGACACAGAAGAAAAUUCCAAUGAUGGCAGCCAACCAUCCAAAAGACGGCGUAUGGUCUCAGGGGACAGUUCUCGGAGCUGUGAAACUUCUAGUCAAGACCUUGGAUAUAGUUAUUUUCCUGCUGAAAAUUUGAUAGAAUACAAAUGGCCACCAGAUGAAACAGGAGAAUACUAUAUGCUACAGGAGCAAGUCAGUGAAUAUUUGGGUGUAACUUCCUUUAAAAGAAAAUAUCCAGAUUUAGAAAGGCGAGAUCUGUCUCACAAGGAGAAACUCUACCUCAGAGAACUAAAUGUUAUCACAGAGACUCAAUGCACACUAGGUCUAACAGCUUUGCGUAGUGAUGAAGUAAUUGAUCUUAUGAUUAAGGAAUACCCUGCCAAACAUGCUGAGUAUUCUGUUAUACUGCAAGAGAAAGAACGUCAGCGAAUAACAGAUCAUUAUAAAGAGUACUCUCAAAUGCAGCAGCAGAACACACAGAAAGUAGAAGCCAGUAAAGUUCCAGAAUACAUUAAAAAAGCUGCCAAGAAAGCUGCGGAAUUCAACAGCAAUUUAAACCGAGAGCGGAUGGAAGAAAGAAGAGCCUAUUUUGAUUUACAGACUCAUAUUAUCCAGGUGCCUCAAGGAAAAUACAAAAUCUUACCUACAGAGAGAACAAAGGUUAGUCCUUAUCCAGUGGCUCUCAUACCCGGCCAGUUCCAGGAGUACUACAAAAGAUACUCUCCAGAUGAACUUCGUUACUUGCCAUUAAACACAGCUCUGUACGAACCUCCUUUGGAUCCAGAGCUGCCUGCAUUGGACAGUGAUGGAGACUCAGAUGAUGCAGAGGAAGGGCGAGGUGAUGAAAAACGGAAAACCAAAGGCAAUUCGGACAAUUCGUCUGGCAAUGUAUCUGAAGGUGAUUGCGCCACAGACAACCAGGAGGAUUCUUUUCAGGGAAGACAAAAAACAAGAGACAAAAGUGCUACUCCAAGAAAAGAUGGUUCCAAACGUUCUGUAUUACCCAAAUCAGUUCCUGGGUACAAGCCAAAGGUCAUUCCAAAUGCUAUAUGUGGAAUUUGUCUGAAGGGUAAGGACUCCAACAAGAAAGGAAAAGCUGAAGCUCUUAUACAUUGCUCCCAGUGUGACAACAGUGGCCACCCUUCUUGCCUUGAUAUGACCCCGGAGCUUGUUGCUAUGAUUAAGACUUAUCCUUGGCAAUGUAUGGAGUGUAAAACGUGCAUUAUAUGUGGGCAGCCUCACCAUGAAGAAGAAAUGAUGUUCUGUGACGUAUGUGACCGUGGUUAUCACACUUUUUGUGUGGGGCUUGAUGCUAUCCCUUCAGGUCGCUGGAUUUGUGAUUGCUGUCAAAAAGACCCUCCUGUACCCAGAAGAGGAGGAAGAAGGGGGAAAAACAGCAAAGAGGGCUAAAAAAAACCAAAAAACUUGCUCUCCAAAACUUAAAUGCACAAAUUAAAGUGAUACUUCGGUGCUAUUUAAUCAACCACUCUUAGAGGAACAAUACCACUUUUUUUUUUCUUUUUACCAAAUAAACUUUUAAAUUUGUCUAUAUAAUUAUUUCUUUAUGAUACAUGUCACUAAUCAUGUCCUGUCAGAUGUUGAGAUAGACAAACCA